AUGGAUAUUGGUGGUUUGGAGACGGUGGUGGCAAACUCUGCCUAUGUGUCAGCCAGGGGCAGUCUGGAUGGAGGUUCAGCAGCCACCUUACGUGACAAAAAGAUGCGUGCUAAGCUGAAUCUCCCACACAUCAGGAAUUGUGAGCAUAUGAAGACAACUGUAGACUCAACCUUUGACAGCAUGUGUGUCAAACAGCCCAUUGGCAAGCGCCUGUUCCAGCAGUACCUGGAGAGUGAUGCCAACUAUAAGAAUGCUGGGCAGCUGUGGAAAGACAUAGAAGACUACAACAUGAGCCUAGAAAAGGACAGACUGCAGAAGGCCCAAAAAAUAGUCAAUAAGUAUUAUCAGUCCUCAUCCAAGACCUUUUGCAAGUUCCUGGAGGAGAAGGCCAUUACUCGAGUUAAGGAGGACCACAAGAACAUCCAGAGUGACCUCUUUAAAGAGAGUGAGCAGCAGCUGCUGAAACACCUGGAGAGCAAGGCCGUGAAUGACUUCAAGAACAGCAUGUACUUCCUACGCUAUGUUCAGUUCAAAUGGUUGGAGAGCCAGCCUGUUGAUGAAGACUGGUUCAUGGACUUCAGAGUGCUUGGCAAAGGAGGUUUUGGAGAAGUGCAUGCUUGUCAGGCGAAGGCAACAGGCAAAAUGUAUGCCAAUAAGAAGCUGGACAAGAAGAGGCUGAAGAAACGCAAAGGCUAUGAUGGAGCAAUUGUGGAGAAACGUAUCCUGGCGAAAGUUCACAGUCGCUUCAUUGUGUCGCUGGCCUAUGCCUUCCAGACCAAGUCUGAGCUUUGCUUAGUUAUGACGAUCAUGAACGGCGGAGAUCUCAGGUUUCACAUAUACAACGUUGAUGAAAAGAAUCCAGGUUUCAAUGAGACCAGAGCAUGUUUCUACACAGCUCAGAUCAUCUUAGGGUUGGAGCACCUCCACCAAUACAGGAUCGUUUACAGGGACCUGAAGCCAGAGAACGUCCUGCUGGAUGAUGCAGGACAUGUACGUCUCUCAGAUUUGGGUCUUGCAGUUGAACUUCCUCCCGGAAAAGACAAAACCACUGGAUAUGCAGGAACUCCAGGCUUCAUGGCCCCAGAGUUGCUGCAGAAAAAGGAGUAUGACUACUCAGUGGACUACUUCACCCUGGGAGUCACCUUGUAUGAGAUGAUUGCAGCUAAAGGCCCUUUUAGAAUUCGAGGAGAAAAGGUCGAGGCUGAAGAGGUGACUCGCAGAAUCUUAAAGGAUCCGGUCAACUAUCCACCCACUUUCAGCCAAAACUGCAAGGCCAUUUGUGAAGGCCUCAUGGAGAAGGACCCAGGGAAACGCCUUGGGUUCAAGAACAACGAGUGUGCUGAGCUCAAGAAGCAGCCAUUCUUCAGUACUCUCAACUGGAGCCGCCUGGAUGUCGGUUUGGUGACUCCACCAUUUGUACCUAAUCCAAAAACGGUCUAUGCCAAAGACAUUGAUGAUGUGGGCGCCUUCAGCACUAUUAAGGGCGUGGUGUUGGAUGGCAAGGACACCAUGUUCUACAAUGAAUUCGCUACUGGCAACAUCCCGAUCCCCUGGCAGGAGGAGAUGAUUGAGACAGGAGUGUUUGGAGAGCUGAAUGUCUGGGGGCCGGACGGCAAGCUGCCCAACGACCUUGACCCAAACUAUGUAGAGGCCAAAGGCGGAGGAUGCGUCAUUCUUUGAGCUAGAACAACAGAUGGAAGCAGAGAAGAGGAAGGAGGGAUGAACAAGUCAGGAUAUCUCUGUUGAUUACUGCUUUUGUAUAAAAUCACUGUCUGUUUGGUCCUAUACCAGCUGAAGUGUACCAAUUAAAGUUAAAAAGAAUAACAGAUUUAGAUUUGCAACAUGCUCAUUUGGUGCUACUUACUCUUAAUCUGUGUAAUGAAUCUGCUAUUAUUGUAAUAAACACAUUUUAUUUGUGUAUUUGAACAGUAA